AAGGACUGACUUGGAGAAAUUGUAUGGAUGGAAUGUGAGGCUAUAGAGGUCCAAAUGCAUCUCUUCUGGCUAUUAUAAAGCUGUGUUUGUUUAGUCAUUGGGGAACAAAUGACCUGGAGAAAGGAAGAGGUGAAAGACAAGCUGCAGCAUGAUUCUUUAAAAGGAAAUUCCAUCAUUGGUACUGAUGUUUUACAUUAUUGGUAGUAUCACAGGUUUGAUGUGUGUGCUGUGGAUCACCAUUAAGUUUUUGUGUGAGCUCAGCUCCCGAGUUUUCACCUUCUGGAACCAUGAAGGACGUGCCCGUGGGGCAGAAAGAAAUAUCUAUAACUAUGUGCGGGGAAAGUAUCUGGAUCCACAUUCCUGCCAUGUGUCUUGGGACUGGAAGGAACCCUGUGAAGUGGGACAAUCCAUGUGCUUCAGGGUACAUUUAUUUUACAGGAAUGGUGACCCAUUUCCUCUGACUGCUUCUGUUACACCAAAGAUACGAAUUUCUCACACUGAACUUGAUCUGGAAGUUCCCAUCACUCUGGAGGUUCUUCAAGAUUCUACAAGGAAUGUGAUGAAAGUGGCAUUCACUGUUAGAAAAUCUGGUAGAUAUCAGAUCAACAUUAGUAUUGGAGGCCUCAAUAUUGGACAUAGCCCUUACUACAAGAUCUUCAGCCCAGGUGCUGUAGUUCCAUCCAAAACACAGAUUGUGUCCCAUUUUUCCACACUUGUCCUAAAGUGUGGAGAGCAGCACACACUGCAAGUAGUUCCACGUGACCAGUAUGGUAACCACACAAGCGACAGCCUGAAAGAUCUUGAAAGCUACAUACUGACCCUAAGUGAGCUUGGUGUAGUAGGUGUGGCUGAUGGUUGUUUACAAGUAUCUGUGUGCAGUGGGAGCCAGAACCGUGUCCUUUUACACCUUGCUCUACUCCAGACUGGAUGCUUUCAAGCAACACUGCGUUUCCAGGGGCUGCCAAUCAAUAAUGGGAAUUUCCAAAUCAUAGUGUUGACUGAUGGUGAGAAGACUAUUGUCGAUAACAAUGUAUCACGCUCUGGUGUUGGGGUUUUCUUUGAGGGUUAUCUUUAUCCUCCAUCAAGCUCUCCUAACAUUCCUGGACAGCAUAGAUCCUCUUCUACCAGCAAUGAUGAAGAGUCAAAUGCUGAUGGGCACACUGUUGAUAGAUUGAAAAAACCUAAGAAGGUGUAUUUCUAUAUCACUCCGAAGCAACUGUCGGUGAAAGAAUUUUAUCUGCGGAUUAUUCCUUGGCGUCUCUUCACCUUUAGAGUUUGUCCGGGGACCAAGUUUCUAUAUUUACCCCCAGACCCCUUGCACGGUCUGCUGUCCUUGCAAGUGGAUGAUGGGCUGCAACCUCCUAUAGAAAUCAGUUGCAAGGAUCGAAACAUCAUGGCUGCCACAUUUACUCGUUUUUUGCACCUUAAUAUUGGUGGAUCAGAGACAUUUCAAGAUAAAGUUACUUUCUUCCAAAAGGAAUUGCGACAGAUUCACUGCAAGAAAACAAGAUGCAAAGUUACACUUAAGGUUAACAGACAUUCACUACUGGAAAGUUCUCUUCGAGCAACACGUAACUUCUCAGCCUCUGACUGGUGCAAGAAUUUUGAAGUGGUUUUUCAGGAUGAAGAAGCUCUUGAUUGGGGGGGACCACGCAGAGAAUGGUUUGAGCUGAUCUGCAAAACCUUAUUUGAUACAAACAAUCAACUCUUCAUUCGUUUCAGUGAUAGUAAUCAGGGCCUGGUGCACCCCAAUCCAUGUCGACCUCCAAACAUACGAGUUAAACUUUAUGAGUUUGCUGGCCGUGUGGUGGGAAAGUGUUUGUUUGAGUCAUCUCUGGGUGGUGGAUGUGAGCAGCUGGUGAGAGCUAGAUUCACACGCUCCUUUCUGGCACAGAUUAUCGGACUUCGUAUGCACUACAAGUACUUUGAGACAGAUGAUCCAGACUUUUUCCAGACAAAGGUUCAGUACAUUCUCACCAAUGAUGUUAUAGACACAGAACUAUCUUUUGCAGAAGAGAAGUAUGGGCGAGCAGGACAGCUGGAGAAAGUGGUGGAGCUUAUACCAGGCGGCUCUCAAAUCCUUGUGACCAAUGAGAACAAAGUUUACUACCUAAAUUUAUUGGCUAAUCACCGUCUGUCAAACCAAGUUCGAGAGGAGGUAGACCAUUUUCUCAAAGGGCUGAAUGAAUUAGUCCCAGAUAACCUGCUUGGUAUUUUUGAUGAAAAUGAAUUAGAGCUACUCAUGUGUGGCACAGGUCACAUUGCAGUUCAGGACUUUCAAGCCCAUGCUGUGGUCAUUGGUGGCUCAUGGCAUUUUCGGGAAAAGGUAAUGAGCUGGUUCUGGGCUGUUGUGAGCAGCCUCACACAAGAGGAGCUAGCCCGUCUUCUGCAGUUUACUACUGGAUCUUCACAGCUGCCACCGGGUGGGUUUGCUGCUUUAUCCCCCAGCUUUCAAAUCAUUGGGUCUCCUACUCAUGGCACCUUACCCACUGCCCAUACUUGUUUUAACCAGCUCUGCCUUCCCACCUAUGAUUCUUAUGAAGAAAUGCACAAGAUGCUGAAACUCGCCAUUAGUGAAGGCUGCGAGGGCUUUGGAAUGCUGUAAAGCAGAACAAGGCAUAUGUUGGGUUAUUCUCCAUGAGCCAUAAAAAUUACUUUGACCUAACCUAUUCUGGGGUGAAUAAAAAGAAGCACAAAGCAUUGUCUGGCCUAAAGCACUGGUAUUGCUGUGCCAUGCCUUUUUGGAUGCAUCAAAAAUGUCUACAGUAUGACUGGUCACAUUACUAGGCCUCUGGCUCUUAAACUAUAAUGUACCAUGGAUCUUUAAAGGACAGGGCUCUCUUUUCAAGUUUUCUCAAAAGAAUGUUUUGGAAUCCAUUACAAAGUCCCACUCACUGUUCUGUAUGAUUCAUGUGCACAGUAUCAAUAUAAAAAUCAACAGCAUUUGCAGAAUACAAUGUGAACUAAACCUGGCUGCAAAAAGCAGACAAUGUUGUCAUCUUUUUUUUUUAACAAAGAGACAGUGACAGGGGAAUCUUAAAGACAAAGUUUUAUUUGCUUCCAGAGAAACAGAAUUCCUUUGCAAAAUGUUAGCAAACAUGAAAAGGAUGGAAGUUUUUUUUUUAUUAAAAAACAAAAAAGCAAGGGGGAGCUCUCAUUCAUUCUUUAUUAUUGUAAAAUCAGUAUGGUUAUAACUGCACAGCAGUCAGAACAGAAGAAGAAAGUCUUGUAUCAAUGUUAAUUGAGGUUUGUGUGUGUCUAUAGGAUUAGCAGAAGUAUGGUCGGUGUCAAGUCCCCAAUCAAACAGCAGCAAUAUGAACAGGGAUAAGCCAGCAGAAAAGAUCCUUGUUAUUUUCAUCCUGAAGUUGCCACUUUACUACAAGCUUGAUCUGUAAAGAAAAUGUAUAUCUGAAAUUGUCAGUGGGAAAAGGAAACCAUUUCUAAUUUAGAGUUCCAUUAAUCACCAUAGAUGGUGUAAUUAUGUACUAUCUGUGUGGUGGACAAGUAUUUACAUCAAAUGUCAUACAUAUGAAUGGAGCUCAUGUCACCAGCGUAAGUAUUUAAAGCGCCUAGUAAAAAAAAAAAAAAAAAAUGUAUAUAAAUAUGUUCAUGUUGGCACUUACACAAGGAUACUCGCUCUUGAUAGGCAACUUGGUGACGUAGGUAUAAGUCUGCCCACUGUUGAUCGGGCAGGAUAUACCACUUUUACAGCCAUCUGGUUCUGAGAUCGGGAAGGGGACAGCAAUACCCGCUAUGAUUCCAUGUACUACAGCAGAAGCACUCUUACUGUUUACAUCUGCAGGGAUUAAUAAUCAAAGAAAAAUAAAUCAUGAUGUGGGGGAAAAAAGGAUGAAGUGCAAGCGACUUAAUGGAAGAAAACACCUGCAAAAUGAGCACAUCUGUCUGUUAUAACCGGAUGAUUGGCCUUGAGCCUUCAGGCCAACAAUUCAGUCACGCAAUGGGGAAAUUCAAUGUGGUCUUUAUUUAUGGGGUUAUUUACUAUUUUUGUUCUUUUAAAUUUAGAGGAAAACUAUACCCCCUGAAUAAAUACAUAACUAAGAAUUUUUUAUCCUAAAAGGUGACCUAUUAAAGAAUGUUUUCAAA